AUAUACCUGCACCUGCGCUCCUACACCGUGCCGCACGAGCAGCGCUAUAUCAUCCGGCUGCUUCUCAUCGUGCCCAUCUAUGCCUUCGACUCCUGGCUCAGCCUCCUCCUCCUGGGAGACCACCAGUACUACGUCUACUUUGACUCCGUGCGGGACUGCUACGAAGCCUUUGUCAUUUACAGCUUCCUGAGCCUCUGUUUCCAGUACCUGGGGGGCGAGAGUGCCAUCAUGGCUGAGAUUCGGGGGAAGCCCAUCAAGUCCAGCUGCUUCUAUGGCACCUGCUGCCUGCAGGGCAUGUCCUACUCCAUCGGGUUCCUGCGAUUCUGCAAGCAGGCCACGCUGCAGUUCUGCAUUGUGAAGCCCAUCAUGGCCUUGACCACCAUUGUCCUGCAGGCAUUCGGCAAAUACCAUGACGGAGACUUCAACAUCCACAGUGGCUACCUCUAUGUGACCCUGGUCUACAACGCCUCCGUCAGCCUGGCCCUCUACGCCCUGUUCCUUUUCUACUUCGCCACCAGGGAGCUCCUACGGCCCUUCGAGCCCAUCCUCAAGUUUCUCACCAUCAAGGCGGUCAUCUUUCUGUCCUUUUGGCAGGGGAUGCUGCUGGCCAUCCUGGAGAGGUGUGGGGUCAUCCCCGAGGUCCAGACCAUCGACGGGAGCAGGGUGGGGGCCGGCACACUGGCUGCAGGCUACCAGAACUUCAUCAUCUGCAUCGAGAUGCUGUUCGCUUCCAUCGCCCUGCGGUACGCCUUCACCUGCCAGGUGUACUCAGAGAAGAAGGAAAACUCGCCAGCCCCCACAGCAACCAUGCAGAGCAUCUCCAGCGGCCUCAAGGAGACCAUGAGUCCCCAAGACAUCGUGCAGGACGCCAUCCACAACUUCUCCCCUGCCUACCAGCACUACACGCAGCAGGCCACUCAUGAGGCCCCAAGGCCCGGCCAGGGUGUGCACCCCUCACCCAGCCCCCACCCCGGCACAGCCGGUGGCUCUGGUGGGGGCAGGAAGAGCCGGAACAUAGAGAAGAGGAUGCUGAUCCCUUCGGAGGACCUAUAGGAGGGCCUCGAGGUUGCCACCACCUGGCUGGGGACCCAGGUUGCCCAGGUCUCUGGAAAGAAACAGGGCUCCCCACCCACCAACCCUCUUGCCAAAGGUCAGGCCUCUCCCGAGAGCCACCUAUGAGGCCCAUGGAGUGCAGGUUCCAUCCUACCUCCAGCCUGUGGAUCAGGGCACUCUCAGCCCUGCCAGGGGCCCAGGGCCAGAGCCCCAGGAGAAGGCACCUGAGGAAAUUGGACAAGGCUGGGAAUUCACUGGGCUCACCUGGCUCUCAGCUCCAGGUGGCUGCUGAGGUCUUGGCUGCAUGGGCCCAGGGGAGUUGGCUCUUCCUUCCACAGACAGACUGAAGGGCAGAUCCCAGGCUGAGCAGCUGAGGGAGGGAUGGCUGGGGGAGCGGGGCAGCCCAGCACUGAGGCGGCACAGGAGCUGCGUGCGGGAGCCACACAGGCUGGCCGGGGCAGGAAGACGACUCUCAGCUGAGCCUGGCUGUGGCCGUCUUGGGCACAUGGGAGAAGGGCCCUGCUCCACCCACACUCCAGCCACAGGGGAGCCCUGGCGAGGCCCCCCGCACAGGGGAAGGUGUGCCUGGUGUGGUCCGGGACAUGCCAGGGGCCUAUUGGCACAGAACCUCCAGUGUUAUGUGGAAGGCUUGUGAGCC